CUUAGUAAUAUAUUAUUAACUCGAAAUCUCCUAUAUAUCUUAGUUUUUCAUAUACAUAUAUAUAUAUAUAUACGUGAUGGAGAGUAAUAGCUCAGCCUCAGACUACUAUUACAGGCCGGAAAGUUGGUCUGCGUCACAUUCCGACAAGGAGGCGAUACUGGCUUCGAACCGGCCGAAGAGGCGAGACGGGAGAAAGGUGUUUAAGGAGACGAGGCACCCGGUCUAUCGAGGUGUGAGGAUGAGGAACAACGACAGGUGGGUCUGCGAGCUUCGCGAACCCAAUAAGAAAACCAGGAUAUGGCUCGGCACGUACCCCACGCCGGAGAUGGCUGCGCGUGCACACGACGUGGCCACGAUUGCUCUGCGCGGCAAGUCCGGCUGCCUUAACUUCGCCGACUCUGCUUGGAGGUUGCCCAGGCCCGAUUCGCUCGACGCCAGGGACAUUCGCGCGGCUGCGACCAAGGGUGCCGAGGCCUUUCGGCCCGUCGAAUGCGGCGCCGUUUCGAGGUGUCAUCGAGAGGAGAAGAAUGCCAUGGAAGAAGAAGAAGAAGAAAAGAGAGUGUUUUUCAUUGAUGACGAGGAUGCCACGCUGGACAUGCCAGCCUUCUGUGCUGACUUGGCAGAAGGUCUGCUACUUCCUCCACCAAUCAAAUAUUUCAGCGACGAUGAUAUGGAAGAAGGAAAUUAUGACGUGUCAUUGUGGAGUUAUUCCUUUUGAUAGCUUUGUUCUCGCUUUCUUUUCUUGUUUUUUUUUUAGUUUUUUUUAAAUGAGAUAGGAAAUGGAUUUUAAAUUAGUUUAAUAUAUGUAUAAUAAAUAUAUGCUUUCUUUUUCAAAACUAUUUCAAUCAAUAUCUUCAUCUAUUCCAUAUUAAAAAAAAUUGUGUAUUUAACGGUUUUUUUUUUU